AUGCUUCGGUCUGCUUUAUAUGAAAUAGCUCAUGAUUACAUUAUUCUAGGAGAAGAUAGUUUUUAGAAUCAAGAAAUUGAAAACUACAAACCUAAUCAAAUUCCACAAUCACCUAAAUCAGAAAACCUUGUGGAUCGAUUCUAAAAUUUUUCUAAUCUACUGCAGGCACAAAAAAAAAAGAAAUAAACAAGAAGAGCUUAAAUAUCUAUUGAUACUAACUUUAACACACUUUAAGGCUCUCCAGAAAAAAAUUAAAAUGUUGCUAACAGCAGCUCUAAACAUAAAUCUACCUAUUCAUCUCCUAAAAACUUUGUUUUUUAUGAUAGAUAAAUUCGUUGGUUGAAUUAAGUAAAAUAAGCUAUCAAAGUAAAGGAGGCUAUAUAAAAAUAGAGAUAAAGUGUAGAAUGUCCUUUUAAACCAAAGAAAUGUCUAACUUCUUUGCCUUAAACAACAAAAAACCAAUCAAAAAAACCUUAUAAAAUGAGGUAAGAUUCAUAUUCAACAAUUCAUUUUUUAAAACAGAAGUUUUAUUGA